CAGCCCGCGGGCCCCGCAGCGGCCGCCGGGGCGCCGCCCGCCGCCGCCGGCACCGCUGCUGCGGCCGUAGGCGCCCCCCGCUCGGCGCGGGCACGGCGCUCCCGGGAUGAAGCGGUGCCGCUCGGACGAGCUGCAGCAGCCCGAGGAGGAUCCCGGCGCCGCGGGGGAAUCACCCGGUCACGGAGUGAUGGAGGGCAAGGCCGGCGAGGCGGCGGCGGCCCCCGAGGCGGGCGCUGUCCCGGCGCCGCCGCGCUCCAAGCCCCCCGACCUGAAGAAAAUCCAGCAGCUCUCCGAGGGCUCCAUGUUCAGCCACGGCCUCAAGCACCUGUUCCACAGCCGCCGGCGCUCGCGGGAGCGCGACCAGCAGAGCUCGCAGGAGCCGGCCACCCCGGGCCCACCGACGGCCGCCCCCGCCUCAUGCACGGCCCACGGCGUGGCCUCGGACCACGACUCCCCCGACGAGAAGGAGCGCUCCCCGGAGAUGCACCGCGUGUCCUACGCCGUGUCCCUGCACGACCUGCCCGCCCGGCCCACGGCCUUCAACCGCGUGCUGCAGCAGAUCCGCUCGCGGCCCUCCAUCAAGCGCGGCACCAGCCUGCACGGCGCCGGCCGCCGCGCCAAGAGCGGCUCGCUGGAGCCCCAGAAGGGCAGCCCCCACCUGGGCCGCAAGGCCCCCCAGGACAGCGGCCUCACGGCCAUCCUGCACCAGCACCAGGGCAGGCCCAGGUCGUCCUCCACCACGGACACGGCCAUCCUGCUGGCUGAGGGAGGGGCUGUCUACCUGCUGGCUGAGGAUGGUGAGGGGCUGGCGGAUAAGGUAGGGAUGGGGCACCUUGGAGGGGUUGUGUUGGAGGAAAGGAGGGUCUGGAGUGGUUUUGGGGGCCUGCACAAAUCCCUGGUGGGGUCAGGCUUUGCUCCCAGGUCAUUGUCCACCACGGACACGGCCAUCCUGCUGGCUGAGGGAGGGGCUGUCUACCUGCUGGCUGAGGAUGGUGAGGGGCUGGCGGAUAAGAUAGCAGGGUCAGGCUUUGCUCCCAGGUCCUUGUCCACCACGGACACGGCCAUCCUGCUGGCUGAGGGAGGGGCUGUCUACCUGCUGGCUGAGGAUGGCUUUGCUCCCAGGUCAUUGUCCACCACGGACACGGCCAUCCUGCUGGCUGAGGGAGGGGCUGUCUACCUGCUGGCUGAGGAUGGCGAGGGGCUGGCGGAUAAGCAAGGGGCUCGCGGAUAA